AUGUUUCUCUCAACCUCUCGCGCAUUGCCGCAUACAUUGCGCGCAAUAACUCGAUCUCACACAAUUACAUUUUCCAAUAUACGACGCUCAGUCUCAACAUUAAAGGAAAAUCCUAAUAUUUACAUCCACCCACCCACCUCUUCCUCCCCCCAAAACCACACCCUAACCCUCCUCCCCACCACCCCACCAACCGCAUCCCUCUCCCUCGGCACCACCACCACUCUCCCCAUCACCCCUCAAUCCUUCACUCCCAAUCCUCGAUUCCUCCCCUUCCUCUCCACCAUCCUCCAAAAAUACGCCCAUCUAGAUCCACAACUUCACUCGCAAGCUGCCGCCUUUGCCACCACCACGACACACUUCUCCCUCUCGCCCCCAUCCUCCUAUCGUCAAAACAAAGGCGGAAAGUCCUCGAAAGGAAAAGAUUCCGGUGCGCCACCUAGCGCCAGUCAAGGCGGCGCCGGCUCCGGCGGCCACGGCGGCUACAUCCACCUCUCCGAUACCCGCGCACCCCCCGACUACGGCCGCAUCGCCUACCCAGAAGAUAUAUUCGGAUCUCUCGAAGUGGACGCGACCGGACAAUUCGUCGAAGGAGAUUCUGGGAAAGCGCCCGGAAAUUGGCAAGACUCGGGAACCUACCGUAUAGUCACCCGUGAGGGCAUCUUCGGAUUACCGGAUUUCUUGAGGGGGAAAUUGGUGGAGGCGUUGAAGGAGGAGGAGAAGAAGAUUAAUGGAAACUAA